GGAGAGAGACUGAAGUGGUGAAAAUUAAACUUUCAUCAGCCUGAUGCUUCGUCGCCUCUCAUUUCCUCCCCGCCGAACUCUCUUUCCAGCUUCUCAAUAUCAUUCUAUAAUCUCGCCGGAUCCCCAUUGUCCGGCGACCACACUACUGCUGGAGUGUCAUCGCUCUUCCGUCGGCAUGACACGAAUUCUCUCCCGCCUUUUUCCUCACGCUUUCAGCUUGGCCUCUUACAAAACCGUUGCUUUUCGUUCUCUACCUCAUUCAGUCUCCUCUUUUGUUCCAUCUGCUUCUGAUUCUUUGACUUUCAGCCGGAGAUUUCCUGUUCUAUGUGGAGCAGAUCGAAAUCCUGCGAGAACGGUCGGAGGGACUUUUACAACGCAGAGAGGGUACCGAAAGGUGAGGCACCGCUUGGGGAAGAAGAAGAAGAAGGAGUUGGAGCUUAAUGUCAGGAUUUGUAUCGAAGAAGAAUUGCCUGACGACCCCGAGAUUCUGAGUCUUGCAGAAAUGCUCAGACUAAAUGUUCCAAUGGCGAUGAAGUUGGCUUUUGACGGUCUAAAAGAUUCAGAGUAUAAAACAAGAGACACUACUAUAGAUGAUGUUGGUGGAUUUGAUACUGUUGAGCUAUCUGUUCUUCUUUGCAAUGAUGAAUUCAUCCAGAAACUCAAUAAAGAUUGGAGGGAUGAGGACCAUGCUACUGACGUUCUCUCUAUGUCACAACAUAUUCCUGAACUUAAUCUCCCAAUACUUAUGCUGGGUGAUAUAGUAAUUUCUGUUGAGACCACAGCUAGACAAGCAGAGGAAAGAGCGCAUACCAUUCUUGAUGAGAUCCGCAUCCUUAUGAUUCAUGGGUUGCUACAUCUUUUGGGAUUUGAUCAUGAGGUCAGUGAUGAGGCUGAAGCGGAAAUGGAGAAGGAGGAGGAACUUCUUUUGAAGAGUCUUGGAUGGAAGGGGAAAGGGUUAAUUCAGAGUGCAUAUGAUGCUACUAAUAAGGAGGGCCAUCAACUGGAAACUUCAGAUGAUAUUGGCAGUUUGAGAUGCUUUGCAGGUGAGCUGUCAAAAGAGAGAAAGAGAGAAGGCAGUCUGCGAUUUUACAAGCCAAAAUUCAGCUAUAUCUUCUGUGACGUGGAUGGCACACUGCUGAACAAUAGAAGCCAAGUUUCUCCAACAACAGCAAAAGCACUAAAGGAGGCUGUGUCAAGGGGAGUAAAAGUAGUGAUUGCCACUGGAAAGACUCGUGCUGCUGUUACGCAUGCUUUGAAGAUGGUUGAUUUAGCUGGAAAAGAUGGCAUUAUUUCAGAAUUUUCACCUGGGGUCUUCUUACAGGGAUUGCUAGUUUAUGGAAGACAAGGUCAGGAGAUUUUUAGAGGAAAUUUGGAUCCUAAUCUCUGUCGAGAGGCAUUUCUGUACUCCUGGGAGCAGAAGGUUCCUCUUAUUGCAUUUAGCCAAGAUCGAUGCUUAACGCUAUUUGAUCAUCCUUUGGUCGACUGUCUUCAUACAGUGUAUCAUGAACCAAAGGCAGAGGUUAUGCCUUCAGUUGAACACCUUUUAACUGCUGCUGAGAUACAGAAGCUAAUCUUCCUUGACACUGCUGAGGGGGUGGCUAUGAAUUUACGGCCAUAUUGGUCAGAAGCAACAAAAGGGCAUGGUCAUGUUGUCCAAGCAAUGCCAGAUAUGCUUGAAAUUGUUCCCCCUGGAACGUCAAAAGGAAGCGGAGUAAGAAUGCUUUUGGAUCACCUGGGGGUGACAACAAAAGAGGUAAUGGCUAUUGGUGAUGGGGAGAAUGACGUUGAGAUGCUUGAGCUGGCUUCUCUAGGCGUUGCUCUCAGUAAUGGAUCAGAAAAGGCAAAAUCUGUGGCUAAUGUAAUUGGUUGCAGCAAUGAUGAGGAUGGUGUUGCUGAUGCCAUCUAUCGGUAUGCAUUCUGAGCAAGCCAGAUUGCCCAAGGAUUUGCAAUAAAUUCUCCUUAUUGUUCAUUUCAAGUUUUCCUUUGGAAGGAUGAUCAAU